CAACGUUGUUUCGUAGCAGUCGAAAGUGUAAUAUCUGUGAUAUUGGGAAACAAAAAGAAAUAACUUGGUGAAAAAUAGGCCAAAAUCACAAAUUUGAUUAUGGAUUACUUCCAAGAUUCUUGAAUUGUGUUUGAAUGUCAUUUCGUAGUGUUUGAAAUUCAUUGCAUUUAAUCGAAAUUCGGGAACUAGCUUGGAUUGUUUCUCUUUUUUGUGUUUCUUUUUCGGAAAUUAAUUUUUUUUUCCACUUAAUUUACGAAAUGGCGAUAAUUGUAAACUUAUAAACAUGAAGUGAAAAAGAAAAAGGCUUGAAAAAUAGUAUAACUUUUUCGAUUCAAAAUACGAUCAAAAAUAAAUAUUCUCGUGUUAAUAUUCCUAUGUGGUGAAGGUGAUUGUGUGUACACAUCAAUCACAAAAUAGAGAAGAAGACAACAAAAAAAUAGAUUUUUUGUUCGCCCAUUCAUUUUUAUUCCAAACGGGAUUUACGGAUUAAACCAUCAACAGUGAAACGCACACUAUCAAUCUAGCAUAAAAUGUCUUCGAGGAAUAUACCUGCUGAUAAGAUUAACCUACGCCUUAUACUUGUUAGUGGUAAAACGAAAGAAUUCUUAUUUAGUCCAUCAGAUUCGGCUGGUGAUAUAGCACAAACUGUUUUCGAUCGGUGGCCUGAAGAUUGGGAAGCCGAGGCAGUUUCGAAAGCGGAAAUUUUGAGGCUUAUUUAUCAAGGUAGAUUUUUACAUUGCAACGUAACGUUAGGUGCACUAGGACUUCCUUUGGGCAAAACCACCGUAAUGCAUUUGGUUCCCAGAGAUAAUUUGCCCGAACCUAAUUCGCAAGAUCAAAGACAGAAAAGCAAAGGCGGGUCCAAUAGGUGCUGUUCAACAACGUGUUGCAUCUUGUAACCUUUUUUUUUAUUAGUUUCUAAUUACAUAAAAUAAAUAAAAGAGUAAAAAAAAGAGAGAAACAUUUACUAAUCUAUUAGUUCAACUGUAUCUAUAUACAUACCAAUUGCAUAGUGCUUUUUGGAAUUUCAUUAAAUGAAUGCGUACACUACAAUAAAAAGAAGACACAGAAAAACAAAAACAAAAACCAUCAAUGUUAACAUCUAGGUGAAAGAGCAGUAAAUAAAAAACAAAACAAAAAAAAAUUGAAAUAUUUUUCAAAAGUAUUAAUUGAAGAAACAACAGUAAGUUACACACCGUUUAAUUGCUUUAUUGAAAUAUCAAAUCAAAUCAAAUUUUAUGAUAAAAAUUAAAUUAAAUUAAAUUAAGAGUAAUUGUGUAUAAAAAAUAUAAAAAAGGAAAAACAAAAAUAAUUAACAAAUGAAAAGUUAUGUAUGUUUUAGACUAAACGAAAGAAUUGUAUAAAAAAUGAUGAAAAACACCGUUCGUAUUAUAAGACAAAAGAAGAAGAAAAAGAAAUGAGAAUUCAUUUAAUUUAACUUUCAUUUACAGAAUUAUGAUACCGAUAGAGUUGUUGUGUUGUGAUAUGAUCUGAGCGAUUAAUGCCAAAAAAAAUGAAGAAAAAGAAAAAAGUGUUAGAUCGCCGAUCAAUAAGUCGUUUAUAUUCAUAAACAUAUUAUUUAGAUGGCGCUGACUAAACUAUAUAAAUUGCAACAACAAAAACCAAUAGUUUCACAUAGAAUGUUUCAUGAUAUAAAUUCCGAAUUUUCUUUCUGUUCCGAAUCGCAUUUUGAAAUUCGGUUUGAUUUUUCUUUCUUUUUUUAAAUUUGGUUAUCAAAUCCAUGGCCACACGACAUACCGAGCUAAUUAAAGGUUUCAAUUUAUUCAACAGAAAAAAAAAUUAUAUUUUUAUGCAAUCAUAGAAAACGAACAAUUAGCGGAAUUAGUUUGGUUGAUCUAUUUUAAGACGAUUUUAUAAUAGAACACGAAAUUCAAAUUUUGUUUCAAAUUAUGUAUAGCAGGCAGGUGACUGCUGACUGAUUUUUUUUUCUAAAGUCUCCGAAAAUUCUCGCAGUUUUCCUUUUGUAAAGAAUUUUUCAGAAUUUGAAUUCAGCGUACUCCAGCCGACACUUUUAUACGCGUUUAUCCUGAAAGAUCUUGAUGACGCAUAUUAGAGAUGACUGUCUAUAUGGAUUGAACGCGUCCUCCUUAUUCUUCGGAAUAUUCGUACCGUUGUUGGUUGAAGUCCUCUUUUUUAAUGAGUGUUCGCCUGUUUUUCUUUGACUUUUUUUUGACUAAAUUUAUGGACUGAAAUUAGUACUAAAAUAUACAGUCCUCACUUAGUAAGCGUGUUGGUGCGAGUAUAGCCAAAAAGACACGCCAGUCAUAUUAGUGUAACUAAUAAGAUGUAAAGCCUGCCGAAAACGUUCAGUUCUCAAGCUUUCGGGCUCAGUUAAUUCAACUGUCAUGUGUCAUUCCGAUUUUUACUGGCACUUUUGAGCUAGGCUUCCUUCCCAUGAUCAUGCUGUAGAGUGUCUAACUUCUACGAUUAAGAAAGUAUUGAUCCAACUGGGAUAUGAAUGAUUUUUCAUAGAGUCCUUUCAUUGUUCCCCUCUGAUUAUUAAAACUCACAUUGUCACCGAUUGCGAAAUGUUUGAAUUAUUUCGUCCGAUCUUCCUAUUUGUACGACAAUUUGAAAAAUUUGUCCGAGUUUUUCAUAAAACUAAAUGAACAAAAUAGUCUUACGACUUUGACAGACUUUUUUUUAUAAAAACAAAAUUUUGUUCGAAUUGUGCAAUAUACUUAGAAUGUAAACGCUUUACAUUGCCAGAAAAUGCAUCACUGAAGAAAUGAUUUUUUUUUUUUACUUUAAUGAAAACCGGUUCGAUUAAGUUAAAGUUAGCUUUUUAUAGAAUUUAGACAGUAUUCUUCCUAGAUUUUUUUUCCUCGUAUCUUUCAUGAUCUUCACAAGAUUUCCUUCGUUCUUUAUCGCGUCUGAAUCGCUAACUGCUAGCAUAUUAGCCCUGUGUAUCAUUAUUAUUAAUCACGCGAACGAGAACUUAAAAGAUUUUGCUUAAACAUUGCCCCUGACGAACAACUAAACACGAAAGCAAUUUAUCCUGAUUUUUAUACGUUUUUUUUAUAAUUUUAUUUAAGAUUUUGCUGGUCAGUUACUUAUAUUAUUUACAAGCACAUUGAAAUAGGCUAACAACUGAUAUAUCAAAAUAUCGACAUUUGAUUUGCAAAAUGAAUUUCACACUUACAAAAUGUCGAUAUUUUGAUUUAUCGAGUGGUAAUUGAUAACUUUAAUACAUUUUUAAUGUGUGUCUAAGGCAAAACAAAUUAGCCCAGAGAAAAAUAGCGCGUAGUAUUAUAAGGACGCUUUCUGUCACAGAAAUUAAUUGUAAAAAUCAAUCGAACAUCACUGUAAGAUUCCUGUUUAUUUUUUAGUUAUUCGAUUUAGUCUUUUUUUUUUCAACAAAAAUAUGUUUAGUUGGUUAGCGCCUCUAAUUUUGAAAUGAAAUUGUAAAGCAAACUUAAUGAUAAAUAAAUUAUAUUGUUGGUUGAAUUGCUGUAGAACUGAAUUAUAAUUUGGCAAUUGUCGAUGAAUGAAACACCCUGUACUUUUCAGUAUAGUUUUUAAUAAUGCAGGAAAAGAACCUCGAUCUAAUGGUCUUAACAUAGAAUUUCGUUUAAUAAAUGGAGUUGAUGGAUAAGAUAAAGUUGAAGCUUUACUUCGUGGUUAUUGGGCUGGGUUAUAUCUGAACAUGGCAAAGUAACAGUAGAUUACGGUUUAUUGGACGUUUAUUUCAAACAGAAUAAUUCAUUUGAAUUGGUAGGUUCGAACGUCUUACGCUAUCAAUACUAAUAGAAGUGUAUGCAAGUAGAAUAAAUUUAAAGAUUGAGGAUGCGAAUUGAUGCUGACAUUUAACCUAAAAAAAACGGCCAGUAAGCAACAAAAUCUUUUACGUCACUUGUGUUUGUGAAGGUUUUCUAUUACUUCAAUAAAUCAUACAUUUCGUUAUGAAGAAAAGACUAGUUGCUUAUUCUUGUGGUCCGUAUCGAUAGCAGAUGAGUAGACAUAAGAUGACUUUAAAAAGGCAGUAUAAUGCAUAUUCAGUCGUAUGAUAGUGACAGAAAUGAUUCUUUACGUGCUAGGCUUGGUUAGUAAAUUAACUUUCGUAGUUCUUUGGACAUUGUUGAUUGAACAAGUAGGACUAUAGCCCAAGGUAAAUUAUUAUUAUUAAAGGGUUAUUGUCAAUACGUAGAUAUUUUAAAGCCACCCGUUUUGCAAUGCCUUUGCGGUUAAAUAAAUGAAUAAUGUACUCGCAUGAAAUUAAUUUCCCUACAAAUCGAAAUAACUAUAACCAUACAUCACAGUACAUCGAAAUACACUCACUCGCUGUCAGAGAACAGCAAACGAUUCAACAUGAACCAGCUACUCACUUCGAUCUAUUUAUUUCCUCGCAUGCAUCCGUGUCAUCUCACAGCCGUUUAAGGGGCGUUCCAUUCCCUAAAGUACAGUAUAUUGUUUUUCGAAACGUUUCGAAUGAUUGUUACCAAGAAGUUCAGCCCAAAGAAAAUUGUGUUUCAUUCAUUGAUAGUUGCUGUGUUGUGGAUGUUUUUCUAUUCUUCGAAUAUAAAUUGAAUUGCAAUAAACUGUUUGGUUUAAUACACGUUACGACGAUGGAAAUAUAUGUGCUAAUAAAAUAUAGAUAAUCCGUAUGUACACGUCCGGCUUAUAUUGCCCUACCCCAUCCCAAAAAAAAAAAAAAAAUUAUAAAAAUAAGAGCGAAAAAAAAAUGAGAAAAGAUUAUCACACUCGAGAGUAUUUCAUUCGCGAUUGAAUGUAUUAAGUCAAAAUGUAAUUUAAAUGGAAAUUUGGAAUAACAAAAAAAAGAAGAA